UUCGCCGGGAUCGGACGUGUUUUGAGGAGUGCAAAAAGUAGAAGUGUCACUGUGGUGUUUGUGUGCUUUUUAGUUGCAUCAAAAGUGCAGUGAAGUGCACGGAUGGGGAUACCGAUCAACUGAUCUGAGUGUAUUUGUUUUAGUGGCCUGCGCACAUGGCGAUGCAGUUGCCUUAUGUUGGGUGUUACAGCAAAUAAGAAAGGAAAAAAUGCAAGAAGUGCAAUUCACUUUCACCUGAGUGGUUAUUAAGUUGCAAUAGUAAGUUGACUCCUUUCCCUGCGAGUGUCUCGCAGUGGUCAGUUUAAUUUUCGUGAAACUAAACCGAGCAUUUAAAGUGUGCUGGCGUCACGGAUUUCAGUCAGAGUUGUGAGAUUUUGGCACUCACGCACGCACGACAAGUUCAACGCUCCUGCCAACGUUUUGUUUUCAUCAAUUUUUUGGAUUUUUUUGGCGAAAAGUAAGUAAGAACGCUACCAGUGACGCCGAGCGGUUUGCGGAAAAUAGCAGUUUAUAACAGCCCAACCCAGUGUUGGGAGUGCAACGGGCGGAGUUGUUGCAAUUAUAAGCUGCAUCGGUUCUGUGUCUACACUCGUGCGGCGUAUGUCAGCGUAGAUUGCCAUAAAUUAAUUGAAUAAUAUAUAUCAAAUCAAACGAAGUUAAUAAUUACGUGCAAAUGUGAGUGAUCGGUGGGUAAUGAAGAAUGCAGUAACUGCAACCGGUGGGACCGAAUUGCUGUGAAUGAAGGUCCCAUGCCAAUGCUGACGCGCCUUCGGCCGUUGUUGGCAGUGAGUGUUUAACGGAAGCAGUUCCUAUUAGUGUUGCACUCCGGUUGCGAAAAAAAGCGGUGGAGGGAAAGAGUGCGCAACGGUGUGGCAUGAAACACACGAAAAAUGCUACGUGGUUUUAAAAUGUUAAAUCUAGUGCACAUUUCUGGUAGUGAAUGGGCUCGUUGUGAAAAUUUUCAAGUAUUGUUGCUUUGGAAGGCUAACCGCCAUCGCGGGUGGUUGUGCGAUAAAACGUAACAGUCGAGUAGCAUGACGCUCGGAAAUAUCGCGCUGAAGGCCACCGAAGAAGUAAGUAGUGCAGCGGAGUGGAGCCAUCCUUCAACAAAUUAUCAACUACAGCAGCAGUCGCCGGAUAUCAACAACGGCAGUGAAACUAGUUGGUGUGGCCACCGUAAGCCGCAUAGAUGUAGGAGCUGUUCUACUCCCAGUGCUGGAUGUGAAUCGAUGUUUGUAGCAAUCGUUGUAAUAGUUUUGACCAGUUUUACUGUGAUGAUUGGUGGUGAUGUGUUCACUGUUGGAUAUAUCACUGGUUCGCAACGAAGACCAGGGGAUCGAGAGUAUGCAAGACCAGGGUUGCAAAUAUCGGGCGCAAUCACGCUGGCAAUGGAGGAAGUGAACGAGCUGUUCUUCAGCAAGCACGGUCAUAAACUGCAGUUCGAGGUUGCGGAAACGUACGGCGAGGAGAUAUCUAGUAUUAGGAAGACGGCAGAUCUCUGGACGAAAGAUGUGAUAGCCUACAUUGGGCCGCAGGAAACCUGUGUUCACGAGGGCAGAAUGGCAGCUGCCUUCAAUUUACCAAUGAUUUCUUAUUUUUGUACUCACAAUGAGACAUCGAACAAAAAGCAUUUUCCUACCUUCGCUAGAACGAGGCCACCCGACCUUCAAAUUUCCAAGUCGGUCGUCUCCCUACUGCUGGCUUACAAUUGGACUCAGGUUACAUUUCUGUACCGUUCCUCCGACGAUGCGGAGUACGACGCGGUCGCUGAAACACUAAAAACCACCCUCCGCUCCAACGGGGUGCGAAUCAGGGCAGUGCGAACGUGGAGCACAAUUUAUCACCACGGGUAUUCGCCAAAUCCUUUUGAUCGUCUGGUAGAGGAAACGUUUAUGGACACAAGAAUCUAUCUGGUGCUGGGCCAUCACGAUGAGCACAUUGGUCUGCUUGUUAGCUUGUGGCGGAAGGAACUGCUUGCCGGUGGAGACUAUUUUGUGGUCGGAGUCGAUCUCGAGCAGUACGACGCUGUCCUGCCGAAGAAAUAUCUGCACGGGCUGCUGCAGACCGAACCGGACUGGAAUGCGGUGCAAGCGUUACAACACUACCUUGGGGUCGUGCCAUCGGCUCCUGUUAAGUUUGAGGAAUUUGCUGUUAAGGUAAACAAAUACCUGGAGCUUCCACCGUUCAACUAUCGCAACCCACUGGUUUAUUUCGGAGGCGUUAAACAGAUUCGCGCGGAGGCAGCAUAUCUUUACGACGCGGUCCAUUUGUACGCUUAUGCUUUGCUACGGGUCUUGCUAGACGGGCGGAACCCCAAGAAUGGUACCGCAAUUAUCGAAGCAAUUAAAGGCCGGGCUUACAUGAGUGCGAUGGGAUAUUUGAUACAUAUAGAUGAAAAUGGCGAUGCAACAGGGAACUAUACAAUUUUGGCCAGAAAAUCGAUCGCUUCAUCUGCAUUGGCGGAGAGAGAAUAUGGACUGUUUCCGGUUGGACGAUUUAGUACACCGGAUUCUAAUGAAGUCACGUUCCGAAUUCAGGACAUCAAACUAUUCGAUACCAUCGACUGGGUGGGCAAAGGACCACCCAUCGCAGAGCCGCUAUGUGGCUUUCGAGGUGAAAAAUGUAUAAGUUAUACUGGCGAGAUUUCGGCGGGUGUUGCCGGCGGUGCUUUGCUGCUGCUGGGGGUCGUUUCACUUGUGCUCUACCGAAACUGGCGCUACGAGCAGGAGCUGGACAGUUUGUUAUGGAAAGUGGAUUUUAAGGACAUUCAGAUGCACGAAAAUGAGAAGGAAAGCAACGGCCAAAAGCUGACAAGGACAACUCACCCCCUGGUCCGCACCAGUCAGGUUAGCUUGAGCUCGAAUCCGGACACUGACUUCCGCUAUUCGACCAUCUUCACUCCCAUCGGGCUGUACAAAGGUCAGCUGUAUGCAAUCAAGAAAGUUCGCAAGAAAAGCAUCGACAUCACCCGUGAGAUGAAAAAAGAGUUAAAGUUGCUGCGAGAUAUGCGUCACGAUAAUUUGAAUGCUUUCAUCGGAGCGUGUACGGAUCCACCGAAUAUCUGUAUUAUCACUGAGUAUUGCACGAGGGGGAGUUUGAAGGACGUGUUGGAGAACGAGGAUGUUAAGCUGGACAACAUGUUUACCGCGUCGCUGGUGGCUGACAUACUGCGCGGAAUGAUUUACUUGCACGAUUCACUGCUGCGAUUUCACGGCUCGCUGCGGACAUCCAACUGCCUGAUUGAUUCCAGAUGGGUAGUAAAAUUGAGCGAUUUUGGACUGUAUGCAUUUAAGCAAGGAGCCGACGAGGUCCCGGGCGAGAAGGAGAAGUUCGAGGAAAAGUCUGAAAAACUACUCUACCGAGCCCCAGAACUGCUUCGAGCUGGACCGUCGCAUUGUGUUCCUGGUACGCCGAAAGGGGACGUUUACUCGUUUGGUAUAGUAUUGUAUGAAAUUUUCACCCGCAAGGGGCCCUUUGGAGAAAUCGAAUGCACUGCAGCCGAGUGCCUCGAGCGGGUUAUGAAUCCGUUGGAUCCAAACACGCAUUUUCGGCCAGCAAUUCAACCGCUGGAAACUUCGUUCGACUGCGUUCGCCAAUGUUUGAAAGAAUGCUGGUCGGAGAAGCCGGACGAUCGACCGGAUUUCAAAACUAUUAGAAAUAAGCUACGUGUACUGCGUAAGGGUAUGAAGCCAAACAUUUUCGAUAACAUGAUGGCCAUGAUGGAAAAGUAUGCAAACAACCUCGAGCAGUUGGUAGAUGAACGAACGGAUCAGUUACAGGAGGAGAAAAAGAAGACGGAAGCUUUGCUAUUGGAAAUGCUUCCGAGGCCAGUCGCAGAGCAGCUUAAGCGUGGCCAUAAAGUUGAGGCUGAAAGCUACGAUCUAGUCACGAUCUAUUUUAGCGAUAUCGUUGGAUUUACGUCGAUGUCGGCGGAAAGUACGCCACUGCAGGUGGUUGAUUUCCUAAACGAUCUUUAUACAUGUUUCGACUCAAUCAUUGGACAUUACGAUGUGUAUAAGGUGGAAACGAUAGGCGAUGCCUACAUGGUGGUCUCGGGUCUUCCGAUUCGCAAUGGAUUAACACAUGCCGCGGAGAUCGCUUCCAUGUCGCUGCAACUGUUGGACGCUGUUUCUGAGUUUAAAAUUCGUCAUAGACCAAAUGAUCGGCUUUAUUUGAGAAUAGGGAUCCACUCUGGCCCCGUGUGCGCCGGAGUGGUUGGAUUGAAAAUGCCUCGCUACUGCUUGUUUGGUGACACUGUGAAUACGGCAUCGCGAAUGGAAUCAACGGGCCUUCCGUUGAAGAUCCACUGUAGUCUACAAACCAAAGAAAUCCUCGACUCUCUCGCCGGGUAUCACUUUGAGGAUCGGGGAUUGAUUCCAAUGAAGGGAAAGGGUGAGCAGCGUACGUUUUGGCUCAUCGGAGAGGACGCUGAAGCAAGAGCCAAACGAACCCAGGAACGAUCGGAGCGGCGGGGAUCACGUGCUCUGAACAAAUACCUCAGCAUGCUGAAGAGCCAAAACAGCUCGGGUGGGGUUCGGAGUUCCCUGAAAAAUCGUGCCAUAGUUCAACGCAAUUCACUGCCACGUUCAUCUAGUCUAGAGUCACCGAAAAGACUGAGAUUCGCCAGCGGGUCCAUGCUGGAGCAGCAUCGCUAUCAUCGAUACAGUGACGAUGCCCUGAUGGAAGUGAUUUCCGACAGCAGCACUCGCAAAUCGGACAACAGUUUGGUGGAUAUGGAGGAUAUCACCUCGUCCUGUCCCUGCAUUGACAACCUCGGCAUGAACCCAGACCGGUUCCUAGUUCCAAACUGCCCAACGGUAACGACGCCGUUGCUCGCCAACACCGUUGCUACUUAACAUCGAGAACGCUCAACAAUAGGGGGUAGGCUUGAUGUUAAAAUGAUAAUAAUAACUAUACUAAAACUAAUAAAACUAACUGAGCUAUAUCUAGUCAUUAUGUGUAAAACAGUCAUGUUCAAGUCGAUGUGAUAAACCAUAAUCAAUACACUUAAUAGAGUAAUAUGAAAACCAGAAAAUUGAUAGAAAAAGAAAUGGGCUUUGUAGCAGUUAGAAAAAGGCUAGUGUUCGAUAGAUGAAAGGAGCGGGAAAGCUUGGUGGAAGGUUUGUAGGAGUAAGUUUUCUGGUUAUUCAAGCAGAGAUAGUCGUCCGUGUAUAUGCUAUUACGUGCUACAAUAAAAUGUUAUGUUUGGUGUCGAAUUA